AUGCCGGGCGUUCCUCCCGAUGCCGUCGAGAGGGUCAAAGGCUUGCUCAAGGGCAUGUUUCGGCGUGGAAAGAAGAGCAAGACAGAGCCGGAACAGCAACAGCAAAAGCCUGAGCAGCCUGCAGCGACCCUUCCACCUCCACCACCACCUCCUACCAAUGUAGCGCCGGCUGCGUCGACCUACACAACAACUUCCCCUGCAGCGGACAAAGCUAGCCCACCAAACAGCGAUAAGAAGCUUCCGGCCACMCUUGACAAGGCGCAACCGGCCGUGCCCGUGGAGAAAUCGGUGGAGCCAGCGCCUGCUGCAGCUGUGAAGAAGGAGAGCGACAUACAUGCUUCGACGGCAGCUUCGGCAACCCCAGCUAUUCCUCCACCUCCAUCGGAUGCAUUUGAGAGCGACCCCGCACCAGCGGUGCCCCCAAAGAACGAUGGCGCGAAGGAGGCGGUGAAGCCAGCGGAGCCUUCAGUCGAUCAUGAUGUUUCGCCCUUGUCUGCCUCGCCGUCAGUCGCCGCUGCUACAUCUGCCCCGGUGGCCACCACACCAGAAGUCACCAAGCCUGCUGAAGCCGCUCCAAUCGCUGCGCCAGCAGCGCCAGCAGCGCCAGCAGUUGCACACUCCGACGAAAAGAUGCCGGUCGAGUCCGAGGUGUCUCCAAGCCCAGCGAAGCCUGCCACGUCAACGAACGAGAUGAGCGCGACUUCGGGACCGCUGCCAGACUUUCCUCAGGGUGAAGCCAAAGAAUGA